AUGUCUCUUAGUUCAGGAAGAAGGAGGAGGAGAGGACGGUGCCCCUCGACAGUGAGGAGUCUUUGCUUUACUCACGUUCUGAAUCCUCUGGGUCUCACCUUGUGUUUGGUGGUUGCGGUGAUAUACAGUCUCACAGACAAACUCCGCAACUUUGUGGCCGGGAUCUUCAUCCCUCAGUACCACUUCACAUACGCAGUGGCUCUUUGCUUCGGCCAGGUUCUGGUCUCUCUGUUGGCCAUAAACCUCCUUCAUGUCCUGGAUCUGGUGCCUCUGAAGCGUUACUCUCGGGUCCUGGGUGAGAGGAUGCUUGUGCCUGCUGUCUGUAACAGCGCUCACGCUGUGCUCACCAUGUGGGCCAAAGCCAACAGCUCGUGCAGCGGCCUCUUCCCCCUAACCGCGACCCUGCAGCCUUUGCUGACUGUGGGCUGGAGUUUUGUGCUCAGGGUGCCGUCACCACCGUCGAGCCACAUCUCACUUCUGAUUUCCAUCUUCAGUGUGGCAUCUGUCAUCAUUACAGCCUCCCGCGGUCUGUCGGGUAUCGAACCUCUGGAGUAUGUAUAUGCACCGCUGGCUUUAAUCGUCCAAAGUCUGUCUCUGAUUUGGUUGAGUAAGGUGUUGGAGGCUGAAGGUCGUUGCUCCCCCGAUCCUCAGACCUCUGUUUGUGACAUCUACUACACCCAGCUGGUGAACCAGAGCUGGGUGCUGGGCCUCCUGUUUUUGCUGCAUCCUGACAGCCCCUGGAAGGUGAUACAUCAGAGCAGCUGGCACAGUCUACUGUUCCAUGGUUACUUGCUGGCCAUCCUUCUGCUAGGAAUGGUCCUGGACUGUCUGGUCUGCUUAUCAGUUCUGUGUUUGUCGCCGCUAGCUGCUGCACUCAUCCACUCAGCAGGAGCACUGACACAGACAUUUACCCAACUUCUCUAGUUACCCCAAAGGAUGAGGAAAUAUUGACAACUUAACCAUCUAGAAUA